CCUGAGGACCAAUCAUCCCUUUCUUUUCAUCAUAAAGGCUACAAGAGGAUCCUCCAGCUGGAGUCAGCGGUGCCCCAUCUGAGAACAACAUCAUGGUGUGGAAUGCUGUCAUAUUUGGCCCUGAGGGAACUCCCUUUGAGGAUGGUAAGUACAUUUAAAUUAAUUGUAGAAUUCACUGAAGAAUAUCCAAACAAACCCCCCACAGUACGCUUUGUGUCAAAGAUGUUUCAUCCAAAUGUCUAUGCAGAUGGCAGCAUAUGUCUAGAUAUCCUACAGAAUCGCUGGAGUCCGACUUACGACGUCUCCUCCAUUCUUACAUCUAUCCAGUCCCUGCUGGAUGAACCCAACCCCAACAGUCCCGCCAACAGUCAGGCAGCGCAGCUGUACCAGGAGAACAAGCGGGAGUAUGAGAAGCGCGUGUCUGCCAUCGUAGAGCAAAGCUGGAGGGACAGUUGA